AUGCCGACAGAACAGUGGCAAAGUAAACAUCAAGAAACUGAUCCAGGACUUGCCCACAAGGUGGAAUUCAACCCUGUUAUGUUGGAACGUAUUGUUGAAUUGUCAGAGGCAGUGAAAAAUACAGUUGCCCUUAGUGACGGAAGUUCUGUGGGCCUGUUACAGUCAAAUGAUGAGUGGGAAAUCUGCUCCGCACUCUGUUCGAUUUUGAAACCGUUUGAGCAGGUUUCGAGGCAGCUCAGUGCAGAGGAGUACCCAACUGGCAGCUUGGUUAUAGUCCUGACACGUGGCCUUCUGGCAGUGUGUGACGAAAUAGCCGAAAUGCAGUUGCAUGAAGUUUCAAUGAAAGAUGUUGAUGCACUGAAAGAGGGCCUUACAAACCGUCUGCCCUCAAAUAUAAAAAUUUUGGCAAGCACCAGCGAAAAGCACCAGCGAAAAGCACCAGCGAAAAGCACCAGCGAAAAGCACCAGCGAAAAGCACCAGCGAAAAGCACCAGCGAAAAGCACCAGCGAAAAGCACCAGCGAAAAGCACCAGCGAAAAGCACCAGCGAAAAGCACCAGCGAAAAGCACCAGCGAAAAGCACCAGCGAAAAGCACCAGCGAAAAGCACCAGCGAAAAGCACCAGCGAAAAGCACCAGCGAAAAGCACCAGCGAAAAGCACCAGCGAAAAGCACCAGCGAAAAGCACCAGCGAAAAGCACCAGCGAAAAGCACCAGCGAAAAGCACCAGCGAAAAGCACCAGCGAAAAGCACCAGCGAAAAGCACCAGCGAAAAGCACCAGCGAAAAGCACCAGCGAAAAGCACCAGCGAAAAGCACCAGCGAAAAGCACCAGCGAAAAGCACCAGCGAAAAGCACCAGCGAAAAGCACCAGCGAAAAGCACCAGCGAAAAGCACCAGCGAAAAGCACCAGCGAAAAGCACCAGCGAAAAGCACCAGCGAAAAGCACCAGCGAAAAGCACCAGCGAAAAGCACCAGCGAAAAGCACCAGCGAAAAGCACCAGCGAAAAGCACCAGCGAAAAGCACCAGCGAAAAGCACCAGCGAAAAGCACCAGCGAAAAGCACCAGCGAAAAGCACCAGCGAAAAGCACCAGCGAAAAGCACCAGCGAAAAGCACCAGCGAAAAGCACCAGCGAAAAGCACCAGCGAAAAGCACCAGCGAAAAGCACCAGCGAAAAGCACCAGCGAAAAGCACCAGCGAAAAGCACCAGCGAAAAGCACCAGCGAAAAGCACCAGCGAAAAGCACCAGCGAAAAGCACCAGCGAAAAGCACCAGCGAAAAGCACCAGCGAAAAGCACCAGCGAAAAGCACCAGCGAAAAGCACCAGCGAAAAGCACCAGCGAAAAGCACCAGCGAAAAGCACCAGCGAAAAGCACCAGCGAAAAGCACCAGCGAAAAGCACCAGCGAAAAGCACCAGCGAAAAGCACCAGCGAAAAGCACCAGCGAAAAGCACCAGCGAAAAGCACCAGCGAAAAGCACCAGCGAAAAGCACCAGCGAAAAGCACCAGCGAAAAGCACCAGCGAAAAGCACCAGCGAAAAGCACCAGCGAAAAGCACCAGCGAAAAGCACCAGCGAAAAGCACCAGCGAAAAGCACCAGCGAAAAGCACCAGCGAAAAGCACCAGCGAAAAGCACCAGCGAAAAGCACCAGCGAAAAGCACCAGCGAAAAGCACCAGCGAAAAGCACCAGCGAAAAGCACCAGCGAAAAGCACCAGCGAAAAGCACCAGCGAAAAGCACCAGCGAAAAGCACCAGCGAAAAGCACCAGCGAAAAGCACCAGCGAAAAGCACCAGCGAAAAGCACCAGCGAAAAGCACCAGCGAAAAGCACCAGCGAAAAGCACCAGCGAAAAGCACCAGCGAAAAGCACCAGCGAAAAGCACCAGCGAAAAGCACCAGCGAAAAGCACCAGCGAAAAGCACCAGCGAAAAGCACCAGCGAAAAGCACCAGCGAAAAGCACCAGCGAAAAGCACCAGCGAAAAGCACCAGCGAAAAGCACCAGCGAAAAGCACCAGCGAAAAGCACCAGCGAAAAGCACCAGCGAAAAGCACCAGCGAAAAGCACCAGCGAAAAGCACCAGCGAAAAGCACCAGCGAAAAGCACCAGCGAAAAGCACCAGCGAAAAGCACCAGCGAAAAGCACCAGCGAAAAGCACCAGCGAAAAGCACCAGCGAAAAGCACCAGCGAAAAGCACCAGCGAAAAGCACCAGCGAAAAGCACCAGCGAAAAGCACCAGCGAAAAGCACCAGCGAAAAGCACCAGCGAAAAGCACCAGCGAAAAGCACCAGCGAAAAGCACCAGCGAAAAGCACCAGCGAAAAGCACCAGCGAAAAGCACCAGCGAAAAGCACCAGCGAAAAGCACCAGCGAAAAGCACCAGCGAAAAGCACCAGCGAAAAGCACCAGCGAAAAGCACCAGCGAAAAGCACCAGCGAAAAGCACCAGCGAAAAGCACCAGCGAAAAGCACCAGCGAAAAGCACCAGCGAAAAGCACCAGCGAAAAGCACCAGCGAAAAGCACCAGCGAAAAGCACCAGCGAAAAGCACCAGCGAAAAGCACCAGCGAAAAGCACCAGCGAAAAGCACCAGCGAAAAGCACCAGCGAAAAGCACCAGCGAAAAGCACCAGCGAAAAGCACCAGCGAAAAGCACCAGCGAAAAGCACCAGCGAAAAGCACCAGCGAAAAGCACCAGCGAAAAGCACCAGCGAAAAGCACCAGCGAAAAGCACCAGCGAAAAGCACCAGCGAAAAGCACCAGCGAAAAGCACCAGCGAAAAGCACCAGCGAAAAGCACCAGCGAAAAGCACCAGCGAAAAGCACCAGCGAAAAGCACCAGCGAAAAGCACCAGCGAAAAGCACCAGCGAAAAGCACCAGCGAAAAGCACCAGCGAAAAGCACCAGCGAAAAGCACCAGCGAAAAGCACCAGCGAAAAGCACCAGCGAAAAGCACCAGCGAAAAGCACCAGCGAAAAGCACCAGCGAAAAGCACCAGCGAAAAGCACCAGCGAAAAGCACCAGCGAAAAGCACCAGCGAAAAGCACCAGCGAAAAGCACCAGCGAAAAGCACCAGCGAAAAGCACCAGCGAAAAGCACCAGCGAAAAGCACCAGCGAAAAGCACCAGCGAAAAGCACCAGCGAAAAGCACCAGCGAAAAGCACCAGCGAAAAGCACCAGCGAAAAGCACCAGCGAAAAGCACCAGCGAAAAGCACCAGCGAAAAGCACCAGCGAAAAGCACCAGCGAAAAGCACCAGCGAAAAGCACCAGCGAAAAGCACCAGCGAAAAGCACCAGCGAAAAGCACCAGCGAAAAGCACCAGCGAAAAGCACCAGCGAAAAGCACCAGCGAAAAGCACCAGCGAAAAGCACCAGCGAAAAGCACCAGCGAAAAGCACCAGCGAAAAGCACCAGCGAAAAGCACCAGCGAAAAGCACCAGCGAAAAGCACCAGCGAAAAGCACCAGCGAAAAGCACCAGCGAAAAGCACCAGCGAAAAGCACCAGCGAAAAGCACCAGCGAAAAGCACCAGCGAAAAGCACCAGCGAAAAGCACCAGCGAAAAGCACCAGCGAAAAGCACCAGCGAAAAGCACCAGCGAAAAGCACCAGCGAAAAGCACCAGCGAAAAGCACCAGCGAAAAGCACCAGCGAAAAGCACCAGCGAAAAGCACCAGCGAAAAGCUUCAGCAUUACCUGCAGGCGUCUUUAUAAUGGCUAGUAGAGAGAAGCAUUCUGUAUGA